GACGACGAUGCCGAACUUGCGUUUGAAUCUCUUCGGCCUACACUCACGACUUAAAGCGGCCUCCAAUACCUCUUCAGCUGUGGUGCAGAUACUCUCCUGCAAUCAGAAAGACAGAAAGUAAUUCAUAUACACCUGAUCCAUUCUCUCGAACUGCUGAGGAGUAUCGACAAGAUCAAUGUCGUCGCUCGCAUUUCGGCUCUCCCGGGGUAUCGAGAACACUAGCUGUCCUCCCAUUCCUCAAGCGUACAAGUGGGCAGCAGAAUAUGUUCCUACCCCGGGCCGUCCUUUGCUAGAUAUGUCUCAAGGAGUGCCUGGCACUCCUCCGCCAAAACCUGUUCUGGACGCUCUUGCGACGGCUUCCUCUGAUCCUGCCAGCUGCGGAUAUGUACCUAAUGUUGGCGAGCUCUCUCUCAGGAAAGCCGUAGUCGAGGAGAUGAAGCAUGGCUACGGCGAAGACACAGACGUUACUCCAGAUGAUAUUGCAAUCACUGCUGGAUGCAACCUUGCGUUUGUUGCGGUGGCCAUGACGCUGGCAGACGCGGGCGACGAGAUCAUUCUUCCGAUACCUUGGUAUUUCAAUCAUGAGAUGACCCUCACCACGUUGAAUAUCAAGCCAGUAAUCCUUCCAACCCGUUCCGAGGAAGGUUUCAUGCCGUCCCCAGAACGAUGCGCAUCCCUCAUUACGCCAAAGACGAAAGCAAUUAUCCUCGUCUCACCGAACAACCCAACCGGAGCGGUGUAUUCUCCAGCUCGCAUAUAUGAGUUCGCGCAAUUAGCCCGAAAGCACAACGUCGCCCUCGUGAUCGACGAAACGUACCGCGAUUUCAUCACCACUGGGGUUCCUCACUUCCUCUUCCAGCACACGCCCAACUGGGACUGGCGUACUACGUUCAUACAUUUAUACUCUUUCUCUAAGGCAUACUGCAUCCCAGGCCACCGCCUUGGCAUGCUCUGUGCCUCACCAGUACUCAUUCCGCACAUAUGCACCGCGCUCGACUCCCUACAAAUCUGUGCCCCGCGUCCGCCACAACUCGCACUCGCGCCGCUUCUGCCCACGCUGCGUCCUUUUGUGCAAGAGACCGCACACGCCAUCGCACAUCGCCACACGCUGUUCCGCGCAGUGCUCCCGAAGAACUGGAAGAUCGGCUCGCAGGGCGGAUACUAUGCAUUCGUGCGCCAUCCUUUCGUCGGCAUGGAUUCCACCGAUGUCUGCAAGCGGCUCGCACGCGAGAUGGGCGUCGUGUGUUUGCCUGCGACAUUCUUUGAGCCUAAGAGGGAGCCAGGUGCUGAGCUGGAGCGGUGGAUCCGGUUUUCGGUCGCGAAUGUGAACGACGAGAAGGUCAAGUUGGUUUGUGAACGACUGGCUGAGAGCGAGAAUGUUUUCGGAUGGAAGGUAGACUCAUUGUCGUGAUAUAUAUAUGGAUCAAGUCGAGACCGUUAUAGAGGAUCUAUUGACUUACGGAAUACACCAAUGUGUCCUUUGACAUCUUGCAGUGGCGGUCAAGGACCUCGCUGGUAUGUUGCUUAUCUAGUUCAUCAAAAAUGAAGGAUGUGUCUCCAAAAACCCAACAAUAUGAACUGACAG